UAGAGAUAGAGAUCAUUUUGAGAAGAUCUCUCAGAAGAGCAUAAGAAUCCACCUACCUGGGUCUUUCCUGAUUCUGUGAAAUCCUGUGGGAGUGGGAGAUGGGUAUGUAAACCUUGCCUUUAAAAAGAUCGACGAGGUGGGUUCUUAAUGCUAUAAGUGGUUGGACAUAUUUCUAAUGAUGGGUUGAACAAGAAGAAAACAGCUAAAACUCUAAAAACAGCUCAGCGGAUUACAGGCAAAGCUCCAUCAGGGAUUCUGCCAGGAAAAUGUCUGGGAUCCAGGAUGCCAGCGUGCGAAGCAUCCGCCCCUACAAAACAAGCGGACAAUACUUGUAUGCCAUGAAGGAGGACCUGGCAGAAUGGCUUAAGGAACUCUAUGAUGUCGGCAUUGAUGUGAGAUCUUUUCUGGAUGUCCUGGAAACAGGUGUCCUUCUUUGUCAUCACGCUAACAACAUCACCCAGGUGGCCAGAGACCUCAACCAGGAAUAUCCAAGUUUGGGCAAAAAACUCCAACUUCCCAUAUAUGGUGUAACCUGUAAUGAUUUUGCUCAGCCAGGCACGUUCCAAGCUCGAGACAAUGUGUCCAACUUUAUUCAGUGGUGCCGAAAAGAGAUGGAUAUUAAAGAUGUCCUGAUGUUUGAGACGGAGGACCUGGUCUUGCGCAAGAACGAGAAGAACUUUGUUUUGUGUCUUCUGGAGGUAGCCCGGCGGGCUUCUCGUUUUGGCAUGAGCGCUCCUGUCCUCAUCCAAAUGGAGGAAGACAUUGAGGAUGAGAUGCGUGAGGACAUGAACCUGCCACCGGAUGAAACGCUUCUUCCCCGGCCCAAGAGAGAACCUCCUAACUUCAAGAAUCUGGACCAGAUGGUCCAGCACCUUGUUAGCCGAUGCACCUGUCCAGUUCAGUUCUCCAUGGUCAAAGUCUCAGAGGGAAAGUAUCGCAUCGGUGAUUCCAACACUCUCAUCUUUGUUAGGAUCCUGCGGAAUCAUGUAAUGGUCCGAGUAGGUGGUGGCUGGGACACCCUGGAACACUAUCUGGAUAAGCAUGACCCAUGCCGGUGUACUUCACUCUGUGAGUCUAUUUCUAUUCCUCAAGUGUAACGU